AAUAUGAGAAAUUUGAUUGGUCUACACUCUACUCUAUAUUUUUGUAUUUGAGUAAGCAGACCAUUAUCUCCUAUAUUUAAUAUUAUGCUCAUACCUUUUUUGUGCAAAGCUGCAAGGCAAUCGCUUAGAAAACAAUUCGUGAGAAAUAAAAUAGUAAAACCAGCCUCUCUUCUCAAUCCCGCUGAAAAGCUUAAGCUCUACAAUAAAGAAAAUAAAGGAUUAUUUGGUCCUCUAUUAGAGAGCAAUAAGCAAAAAAAGAGCCGUAUAAAAAAGGAAGCUAAAAAUAGAUCACAUCAAAACAACACACCCAGAGUGCAAAGUGAGAGUACGCAAAACUUUGUUAACGUGAAAACAAGAAAUAAUACAAGUGUUGAACUAUUGAAGUAUUAUUCUACUGCUGCUUCAAGUUUGAAUGCCAUAAUGUGGCAAAAUACUCAUAGAUGUUUGAAUAGUGCUGGUGGGCUAUUGAAUAACAUAAUAUUUAGGGGUCUUAAGACUUCAUCCUGGGUAUGUGCAGCUCAAAGUUUUCCUGCUGUACCAGGAUUUGAAAGUGAUGACCGAAUCUUAACUAUUAAGCAGCAUCAGAAUGACUAUACCAAGCAAUUUCCAUCAGUAACUUUAAUUUUAAAUAAAACAAUGACUGAAGAUUCUAGAAAAGCACUGGAGAAGUGGAAGAAAGAGAGAAUUGAGGAAAUGGGCCUAGAAGAGUUCAAUCGAUUUUAUGAAGCACAAAUGGCGGUUGGCACAAAAUUCCAUAACACUCUGAAGAACUACUUUACUCAGCCUCAGAGUCAGCUGCGAAUCGAGAGUGAUGUGGAGGGCGUCUGGGCGUCGGUGUCGGAGAUAUUAAAACAUAUAUCUUCACCAAAGGCCAUAGAGUCCAAUGUGGUUCAUCCAGUUUUGAAGUAUCGAGGGAUUUUUGAUGCUAUCGCUGAUUAUGAGGAUAAGCCUACAUUAAUAGAAUGGAAGAAAUCUGACAAACCACGAAAGUCCUUAGCCUUAACAUAUGAUAAUCCGGUACAGCUUGCCGCAUACUAUGGUGGUGUGAGCAACGAUCUGAAUUACAAACAUUUAAAUGUGAAAGAUGCCCUACUCGUUAUAGCCUAUACUGACGGAUCGAAGGCCGAUGUGUAUCACCUCUCCAACGACAAGCUGAGGGAGCAUUGGGCCCAGUGGCUCAUAAGACUUGAAGAGUACAUGAUAAAGUAUGGCAAAGAUGCAGAGAAAAUUCUCAAAGGGGGUAAGCGUCUUUUUGAAUUGGAAAUUGGGAGUCUAUAAAUGAUUAAGAAACGGAACCACGUAAAGAUGGAACUUUAUUGGACUGAAGAAAAAUUCUUACUCAAAUACGAUGAGUCUCAGAUGAAUUGUGAAGCAAUUAUCAUCACACAUUCAUUACUUAUACAUUUAUAAGUUGUUCAUGUGUAGGUAGGAUAUGACAUAUACAUACAUCUGCAUUUAGUGCUCGACCGUCGGUCAGCGCUGAUAUCGGUCGAGCGUAGCGCUUAUCUGACCAUGUUGCGUUUAGUGAUCAGCUGAGGGCAAAUUUGAUUGGGCGUGUACAAAAAUGAAUCAAUUGAUAAAUUCUUUAUUAUGUGCGUACUACUUUCGCAAACGUUUACGGAAUAAAGGACUGAGAUGAUAAUUAUCAUGUUUACCCAAUUGUUGUAACACGUGCGCGUACGGUUGGUUGCUAGGUCAGCGUCGCACUGAACGCACAAGUUAUCACCAUAUCGCUCGACUGACAAUUCUCGUCAGCGCGAAGUAGCAUUCCGCGCGUAGCAAUUCAUCAGCGCUAGACUAAGCGCGGUCAUAUGUUUUCAUUUUUAUAGCUACACUUGAACGACGUCAGCGCUGACCGACGGUCGAGCACUAAAUGCAGCCUUACAAUAAUAUGCAUUCUGUCAGUUGUCAACUGUCAUAUGGACAUAUUUUCGUCUUAAAGCACCGAUCAUUACCAUUAAAAUUAUAAAACACAUACUCUAAGCUUGGUGGUCUAAUUAAACGUGACAUGGCUAAAUUGUUGUGUAUCUUCCACGAAAGUAGUAGGUACAAUAGAUUAUCCUAAUACUGUUUUUGUAACGGGUUAAAUAUAAGCUGUCUUGAAAUUAGUUCAGAGUAAACCACUUACUUUGAAUGUUUAAAUAGUUUUGUAGCAUAUAUACUUUUGUAACAGAUAUUUUGGCUUUUCUUGACCCAUGACGAUGUAUUAUAAAUUAAUGUUACUAUCCUGAGCUUUUUUGACGAUAAGCUUACUAUUUUCCAAUACAUAAUAUUAGUAUUAAUUAACACGAACGCAGAUUUGCCGAGGAUCAAUUUAUAAUUACGAGAUUGUUUAAUGUAAAGGUAAUGUUGGAAAAAGUUUAUUUUUUGGUUUCCAAGCCUUGCAUUGGAUCGCUUGAAUUAAAAGACGAGUGGUCGAGAUUAACUGUCACACAAUUAACUGUCAAAUGAUUUCGGAUGGUUAUCGCUCCACUUGGGACCCCGUGCCUUGGAAAUAUUCAGUUUUUCGCUGUGUGUUGCAAUGUGGUCCUCCUUCAUACUGACACGUGUGAAAAUUGUGUGAAGUGGACCUACUUGAGGUCCGUCUGAGUAAUAGGUAUGAUGAGUGAACAGUCUAUCAGUUGAACCCUUCUUUACACAGAGUGCCGGCACAUCACUAUUAGUUUGAAGAGCGCCGAAGCUAAGGUUAAAACUAAUGAAUGAAAGAGAGUGUGUGUGUGUGGCGACGCUAGUGAAAGAGAAAGGAGACCUAUUGCUGGCUUUUGUUUGGCUAUUUUUGUAUAAUAUGAACUAUGACUUAUUAAGUAUUGAGACUCUUACUUACAUCUUAAGGUGACAAUCGCGACACCUAUCAGAAUUUUCAGUUGUGUGUUGUGUGUUCACACAACGUGUUGCGUGUCUCGUUGUGAAUCCUUAAAUCACAGACUGCCUUAUCAAUAAACGCAAUGUAAAGUUAUUGCAAGUAUAAAAGUACUUCUCCCUGUCAUGUAAUUCUGUAGUGACAAAGGUAAUUAACAUAAAAGUAAAAAAGAUAAUGACAGAAAGUUUUAAAUUUGGAAUAACUUUUCUUCGCGUUUAUUAAUAACACAGAGAGAAUACAGAUGACUGCAAACGUUCAAUAGUGCCAUUCAGUGGUUUAUGUGUCACCUCUCUAAGAACAUUCUCGAAGUGUGAAAAAUGAUUAAAUUGUAUUUCAUGUAUAAGACUGGCUUGUAUAUAUGGUUAGGGAAAAGACUUUAUACCUUCCUGUUUUCAUUUAGUUUUAUUUUGAUUUUUUUUUAUAAUUAUAUAUUUUGCUUCUUGUCACUAGUUUAGAUAUACAAAGGGAUACUGCGAUAUUAGCCUGUUAAGUAUGUGCGUUAAUGAUUUUCCAUUCAAAUAUUUGAUCAUGUGAGCUAGUAAAACCAUUGCCAAGUGUAUUUUAAACGAAUUUAUCUAAAGAGUUACGAAGUAUGGUAACUAAAUCCAAAUUGGUUCUGUAACACAAUGAAUUUUCACUUUCAUGCUAAAGAUCAUUAUACAAAUUAAAUUUUUAACCAAAAUUUUUGAACCAUGCGGGACUCAAACCCGCGCCAAAGACAUAGUAAGACAUGCCAACAUUUACGAUCCAUGCGUCACACGAAUUGUUGGAAAAAUCUUAUUUGUACAAUUAAUCCCAGAAGUUAAAGACAUAAUAAAACCUAGAAAAUGCCGGAUUAUAUACACGAUAUAAUUAUUAAUAAUUGAACGGAAAUAUUACGCCGAAAUGAAAAAAAUAACAAAAGAAAGGCCAAAACAAGGCCAGCACGGCAGUAUACAUUUUUAAAUGCUUAAUUUCGUAGUACCCUUUUUUUUAGUAGAAGAUAACUAAUAAUGAUAAUUUGUUUUUCUAUUAGAUUUGUAGUUGUUAUGAUGAAUAUCGGUAACUUUUAAUUAAGGAUUUUGUCAAUAGUAAUAUGCGCUAUAAAAAUAAUUAUUUCUCUAUUAUCUCAAAUGCUUCUUAUUUAGUUUUAAUAUAACUUUAUAAUAAACGCCAAAAUAGGAUUUUACUAGUCAGUAAAUCUUGUUGAUAUCAUUACUUUUAAGCAUUUAUUAGUAUCCGUUGCUUAUUGAUGUGUCUUUUGUACUUAUAAUAAAUGAUGCGACACUGA